CUCAAAUUUCUUCUUGUGUUGACAGAAAUACCCCUUCAAAAUUAUCAGGGAUAUUUUGACUUGUAACUCGCCGAUUGUUUUCUGUCAAAAAAAAGAAAAAAUCGGCGAUUGAAAGCUACAGUAAUGAGCAGCACCGAAUCUCCGAGCUCCGUUCGUAAAGUGGUUGUUCAUCUGAGGGCCACCGGCGAUGCCCCUAUUCUUAAGCAAGCUAAAUUCAAGAUUCUUGGAACUGACAAGUUCGCUAAAGUGAUUGACUUUCUUAGACGACAACUUCACCGGGAAACAUUGUUUGUCUAUGUCAAUAGUGCAUUCUCCCCAAACCCAGAUGAAUCUGUGAUUGAUCUGUAUAAUAAUUUUGGUUUUGAUGGAAAGCUAGUUGUCAAUUAUGCUUGUUCUAUGGCAUGGGGCUAAGUCUCAGUGAUGAGUUUGCAGGUCUGCAUAGGACAUUGCAAGUUUUUUCUUCAAUUCAAGAGGGGAACCUGAUUUACAUGUAGGUUGAAGAAUUUGAUGAGGAAGAUGGAGUUUGCACACAAAAGAUUUGUAUAGGCAACGACCUUUUUUUUUUUUUUUGGGAUUAACGCAUAUUGAUAUAUAAGUACAUUUGUUAUGUAAAUUCAUUAAACAAGAAGUUAAAUAAAAUAUGAUAUCUGCAUUAAAAAAUAAUGCAGGCAUAUUAAGGAA